AUGCCACAAACCAUCCUCAUCACAGGCGCAACAGGCCACAUCGGGUUCCGCACUCUCCUCCAAUCUUUGCAAGCAGGCUACAACGUCAAAGUCGCAAUCCGUCGACCCGAACAAGAAAAGCAAAUCCGGAAAGCACCGUCCAUGCAACCUUACCUAGCAAAUGUCACCUUCAUAACGAUUCCAGACAUGACUGCCCCACAAGCCUACGACUCCGCCGCACAAGACUGUACCUACAUCAUUCACGUGGCAAGUCCCAUCCCAAUGAAGCAGAAUACGCAACAAGCAACCGCCUCCGGCAAAUCCUGGAAAGAAGUAUACUACGACCCAGCAGUGGAGGGAACUCUCAACAUCCUGAAAGCCGCAUCACACUCCGGGACCGUGAAACGUGUGGUCAUCACUUCCUCCGGCGCUGUCCUCGCCAGUCUCUCCAACCCUACAGCAGGCGCAACAGAGAUCCGAUCCUGCCCAACUAUGGAACAGGCAGAAGCAGUGACAGAUGCGUACCAGGCUUACAACAUGUCCAAGAUCCUCGCCAUCUCUGCUGCGAACGAGUACAUGAAAGAGGCGAGGCGGGGUUUUGGCAUCGUGCAUGUCUGUCCGGGUUAUGUACAGGGUUCUCAUGAGUUGUGCGAGAAUCUGGACGACUUGAUGAGGACAACGAGUCGUGCGACGGUUGAUGUUGCGAAAGGAGUGAAGCUGGGCGCGCCGCCGGCGGCACCGCAUGUGAGUUGCGCGAUCUGGGUUGAGGAUGUGGCGCGGGCGCAUGUGGUGGCGUUGGGGUCUGGGAAGGUGAAGGAUGGGGACGUAUUGGUGCUGGUCGGUAAUGAUGGCAAAGGAUGGGAGUGGAGUGAAGUAGGGAGGCACAUGCGGGAAUUGUUCCCCAAGGAGGUUGAAGGGGGUGUCCUGAAGCCGUUGGUGGAGCAGGAGAGCAUGAAGCUGAACUUCGAUAGUAGGAGCACAGCGGAGAAGCUGGGUUGGGAUUUCGCCGGGCCAGAGGUAUGGGCGCGGGAAGUGGUUGCGCAGUAUCUGCAACAGGAGAGGAAGUAG